CUCCCAAUAAAGGCUGGCCAGCAGAACACCCACACCAAAGUCAGCACGGAGCACAACAAGGAGUGUCUCAUCAACAUUUCCAAGUACAAGUUUUCCCUGGUCAUCAGUGGUCUCACCAACAUCUUAAAAAAUGUCAAUAACAUGAGAAUAUUUGGAGAAACUGCUGAAAAGAAUUUAUACCUAUCUCAGCUGAUUAUCUUGGAUACACUGGAAAAAUGUCUGGCAGGGCAACCGAAGGACACCCUGCGGCUGGACGAGACCAUGCUGGUCAAGCAGCUGCUGCCAGAGAUCUGCCACUUCAUCCACACCUACCGCGAGGGCAACCAGCACGCGGCGGAGCUGCGCAGCUCGGCCUCGGGCGUGCUCUUCUCCCUCAGCUGCAACAACUUCAACGCCGUCUUCAGCCGCAUUUCCACCAGGUUGCAGGAACUGACUGUUUGCUCAGAAGAUAAUGCUGAUGUUCAUGAUAUUGAACUUUUACAGUACAUCAGUGUGGAUUGUUCAAAACUCAAGCGACUCCUGCAGGAGACUGUGUUCAAGUUUAAAGCCCUUAAGAAAGUAGCUCAGUUAGCUGUUAUCAACAGUCUGGAAAAGGCCUUCUGGAACUGGGUGGAGAACUAUCCUGAUGAAUUCACAAAGCUGUACCAAACUCCCCAGACUGACAUGGCUGACUGUGCUGAGAAGUUGUUUGACUUGGUGGAUGGCUUUGCUGAAAGCACGAAGCGCAAAGCAGCAGUGUGGCCCCUGCAGAUCAUUCUCCUGGUCUUGUGUCCAGAGAUCAUCCAAGACAUAGCAAAGGAUGUGGUGGAAGAAACUAAAAUGAACAAGAAGCUGUUCCUGGACAACCUCAGGAAGGCCCUUGCAGGCCACGGAGGGAGCAGACAGCUGACUGAAAGUGCUGCCAUAGCUUGUGUUAAACUGUGCAAAGCGUCCACCUACAUCAACUGGGAAGACAAUUCUGUCAUCUUCCUGCUCGUGCAGUCCAUGGUGGUAGAUCUGAAGAAUUUGCUGUUUAACCCAAGCAAACCCUUCUCAAGAGGCAAUCAGAAUGCAGACGUAGACCUGAUGAUUGACUGCUUGGUCUCCUGCUUCCGCAUCAACCCUCACAAUAACCAGCACUUCAAGAUCUGCUUGGCCCAGAAUUCCCCAUCAACAUUUCAUUACGUGCUGGUAAACUCGCUGCACCGAAUCAUCACAAAUUCGGCGCUGGACUGGUGGCCCCGGAUCGACGCCGUGUACUGCCACUCCAUGGAGCUGCGCAGCAUGUUCAGCGAGACCCUGCACAGAGCCACGCAGGGCUGUGGGGCACACCCUGCCAUCCGUGCCACCACGAGUCUCACAUUUAAGGAGAAAAUGACAAGCCUUAAGUUUAAAGAAAAACCUACUGAUCUGGAGACCAGAAGCUACAAGUUCUUGCUGCUGUCCUUGGUAAAACUGAUCCAUGCAGACCCAAAGCUUUUGCUGUGUAACCCGCGGAAGCAGGGCCCCGAGUCGCAGGGCAGCACGGCCGAGCUGAUCAUGGGGCUGGUGCAGCUGGUGCCGCAGUCCGGCAUGCCCGACAUCGCCCAGGAGGCCAUGGAGGCCUUGCUGGUUCUGCACCAGUUGGACAGCAUUGACUUGUGGAAUCCUGAUGCUCCCAUAGAAACGUUCUGGGAAAUCAGUUCACAAAUGCUUUUUUAUAUCUGCAAGAAGCUCACUAGUCAUCAGAUGCUCAGCAGCACAGAAAUCCUCAAGUGGCUGCGAGAGAUCCUCAUUUGUAGGAACAAAUUUCUUCUGAAAAACAAACAAUCAGAUAGGAGUUCCUGCCACUUUCUCUUCCUUUAUGAUGUCUCUGGAAGUGGAACUAGUCAGAUUUCCCUUGACCAUGAAGAGAUGAUACGCUGUGCUCCGGGAGCUACCCUCAGGAAAGGGAAAGGGAAUUCCUCCAUGGAAAGCACAGCAGGAUGCAGUGGGACCCCGAUCUGCCGCCAGGCCCAGACCAAGCUGGAGGUGGCCCUGUACAUGUUCCUGUGGAGCCCAGACAUCGAGGCAGUGCUGGUGGCCAUGUCCUGCUUCCGUCACCUCUGCGAGGAGGCAGAUAUCAGGUGUGGGGUAGAUGAAGUCUCAGUGCACAACUUCUUGCCCAACUACAACACUUUCAUGGAGUUUGCGUCUGUUAGCAACAUGAUGUCCACAGGGAGAGCAGCUCUGCAGAAGAGAGUGAUGGCGUUGCUGAGGCGCAUCGAGCACCCGACUGCCGGCAACACCGAGGCCUGGGAGGAUACACAUGCGAAAUGGGAGCAAGCGACAAAACUGAUCCUUAACUAUCCGAAGACCAAAAUGGAAGAUGGGCAGGUCUCGGAGAGUCUGCACAAGACGAUCGUGAAGAGGCGAAUGUCGCAUGUCAGCGGCGGCGGCUCCAUAGACCUGUCGGACACGGAUUCCCUGCAGGAGUGGAUCAACAUGACAGGGUUCCUGUGUGCCCUGGGAGGGGUGUGCCUGCAGCACCGCAGCAACGCCGGCCUGGCCACCUACAGCCCCCCCAUGGGCCCCGUCAACGAGCGGAAAGGCUCCAUGAUAUCCAUGGUGUCCACCGAGGGCAGCGUGGAGACGCCUGUCAGCAAGUUCAUCGACCGCCUCCUGACCCUGAUGGUCUGCAACCACGAGAAGGUGGGGCUGCAGAUCCGCACCAACAUCAAGGACCUGGUGGGCUUGGAGCUCAGCCCGGCGCUGUACCCGAUGCUCUUCAACAAGCUGAAGAACACCAUCAGCAAGUUCUUUGAUUCUCAAGGACAGGUUUUGUUAACUGAGACCAACACACAGUUUGUGGAGCAAACCAUUGCCAUAAUGAAGAAUUUGCUGGACAAUCACACCGAAGGGAGCUCAGAGCAUCUCGGGCAAGCGAGUAUUGAGACCAUGAUGCUGAACCUGGUCAGGUAUGUGCGUGUGCUUGGAAAUCUGGUGCAUGCCAUUCAAAUAAAAACAAAGCUCUGCCAGUUGGUGGAAGUGAUGAUGGAAAGGAGAGAUGACCUGUCAUUUUGCCAGGAGAUGAAAUUCAGGAACAAAAUGGUGGAGUAUCUGACCGACUGGGUCAUGGGAACAUCUAAUCAAGCCACAGAUGAGGAUGUGAAAUGCUUGACAAGAGAUCUGGACCAGGCAAGUAUGGAAGCAGUGGUCUCUCUUCUUGCUGGGCUGCCCCUCCAGCCUGAAGAAGGAGAUGGUGUUGAGUUGAUGGAAGCCAAAUCCCAAUUAUUUCUUAAGUACUUCACGCUGUUCAGCGGCAGGAAGCGUGGCAUGUCGCGCCGCCUGGCCUCGCUGCGCCACUGCACCGUGCUGGCCAUGUCCAACCUGCUCAACGCCAACGUGGACAGCGGCCUCAUGCACUCCAUAGGCUUGGGCUAUCAUAAAGACCUCCAGACGAGAGCCACGUUUAUGGAAGUCCUCACCAAAAUUCUGCAGCAGGGAACAGAGUUUGAUACGUUAGCAGAAACAGUGCUAGCGGAUCGGUUUGAGAGAUUGGUGGAGUUGGUUACAAUGAUGGGUGAUCAGGGGGAGCUUCCUAUUGCUAUGGCUUUAGCCAGUGUGGUGCCUUGUUCUCAGUGGGACGAGCUAGCUCGUGUCCUGGUCACCCUCUUCGAUUCCCGGCACCUGCUCUACCAGCUCCUCUGGAACAUGUUCUCAAAGGAGGUUGAACUGGCAGAUUCUAUGCAGACACUCUUCCGGGGAAACAGCCUAGCCAGCAAAAUAAUGACUUUCUGUUUUAAGGUAUAUGGUGCUACGUAUUUGCAGAAGCUUUUGGAGCCUUUACUGAGGACAGUGAUCACCUCCUCUGAGUGGCAGCAUGUUAGCUUUGAGGUGGAUCCAACAAGGCUGGAGCCCACAGAGAGCCUCGAGGAGAACCAGCGGAGUCUCCUGCAAAUGACAGAAAAGUUUUUUCAGGCAAUCAUUAAUUCCUCCUCGGAGUUCCCACCCCAACUGCGCAGUGUGUGCCAUUGCUUGUACCAGGCAACUUGCCACUCUCUACUGAAUAAAGCUACCGUAAAAGAAAAAAAGGAAAACAAAAAAUCAGUGGUGAGCCAGCGCUUCCCCCAGAACAGCAUCGGCGCCGUGGGCAGCGCCAUGUUCCUGCGCUUCAUCAACCCUGCCAUCGUGUCUCCCUACGAGGCUGGCAUCCUGGACAAGAAGCCCCCGCCGCGCAUCGAGAGGGGCCUGAAGCUCAUGUCCAAGAUACUUCAGAGCAUUGCCAACCACGUCCUGUUUACAAAGGAAGAGCACAUGAGGCCUUUUAACGAUUUUGUAAAGAGCAAUUUUGACGCAGCACGAAGGUUCUUCCUCGACAUCGCGUCCGACUGUCCAGCCAGCGACACUGUCAACCACAGCCUGUCCUUCAUCAGCGACGGCAACGUCCUGGCACUGCACCGCCUGCUGUGGAACAACCAGGAGAAGAUCGGCCAGUACCUGUCCAGCAACAGGGACCACAAGGCUGUGGGACGACGACCUUUUGACAAGAUGGCAACGCUUCUGGCCUACCUGGGUCCUCCCGAGCACAAACCUGUGGCAGAUACACAUUGGUCCAGUUUAAACCUCACCAGUUCCAAGUUUGAAGAAUUCAUGACGAGGCAUCAAGUGCAUGAGAAAGAGGAGUUCAAAGCACUGAAAACGUUAAACAUUUUCUACCAAGCUGGGACAUCCAAGGUUGGCAAUCCUGUGUUCUACUACAUCGCUCGGCGGUAA